AUGGUGCAACAUUAUCAAUCUCCAGUCCGAAUUUACAAAUAUCCAUUCGAAUUAGUGAUGGCGGCGUAUGAGCGUCGUUUUCCAACAUGUCCACAAAUUCCUGUGGUGCUUGAUUGCGAAAUCACGCACGAUCAAUGGAAUGAAGAACGAUCACGUCGCGAAACUAUUAGGAGGUGCAAAUUGGCUGUUGAGGCUCCUUAUCUGCUGAAGAAAAUUAUUGGCGUUGAUGUCGUAUAUUUUAUCCAAACAAAUACAUUAGAUCUUAAGACCAGAUGUUUGAUUAUCGAUGCCGUUAACGAAAGCUUUGCAAAUCGAGUUGGUGUUGUUGAAAAGUGCAGAUAUUACGUCCAUCCAGAAAAUCCAUCUUGGACUUGCUUUGAUCAGACAGCAUCUCUUGAUAUUAAAAACUUUUUUGGUUUCGAAAGUGCAAUGGAAAAAUUGGCCAUGAAACAAUAUUCACAAAAUAUAGCGAAAGGAAAAGAAUUGAUAGAAUUUGUAGAAGAACUUAAAAAGGAAAACAUUACUUAUGUUAGUCCUUGGACAGCUCCAGCUAUUGAAGGAGAUCAUAUCUCAACUUUAAAUGAUAAUUCACAAAAUAAUUAUACAAAUCUUUUGAAUGCUGAAUAUAUUAAAAAAUGGUUUUGCGAUUUAACACCUCUGGAAGAAUCUCAGCUACUCCAAUUCAAAAAAGCAAUUUUGGAGGAUGACACAGAAGAGCCUCAGGAUUGGUUCACACUUCUUCGUUUCCUGAGAGCGCGUGAUUUUGAUAUUCAAGGAGCUAAAGAGAUGUUUCAAAAAAGUAUGUUGUGGCGAAAGCAAAAUAAUAUAGAUCAUCUGAAACAAACUUACAGAAUGCAUACGGUGCUGACUAAUCACUUUCCAGGAGGAUGGCAUAAUACUGACAUUGAUGGAAGACCAUUAUACCUAUUAAGACUUGGUCACAUGGAUGUUAAAGGUCUAAUCAAAUCUGUUGGGGAGGAGGGAAUAUUAAACUUGACUUUGCACAUUUGUGAAGAAGGGUUGAGCCGUAUUAUGCAAUCUUCGAGAAAAAUGGGUCGUGCAGUGCGUGGCUGGUGUCUCUUGGUAGAUCUGGAAGGCUUAAAUAUGCGCCAUUUAUGGAGACCAGGAAUUCGAACACUUUUAAGAAUAAUUGAAACAGUGGAAGCAAAUUAUCCUGAUACUAUGGGUCGUGUUUUAAUCGUUCGAGCGCCGCGAGUUUUUCCAAUACUGUGGACCUUAGUUAGCACAUUUAUAGAUGAAAAUACCAGGAGUAAAUUUGUAUUUUUCUCUGCUGGUGAUAGUUUAGAUGGUUUAAACACUUUGAUACCUGAGGAUUCUGUACCUGAUUUUUUAGGCGGAGACUGUAAAACACAAAUUCAUGAAGGAGGUCUGGUACCAAAAUCUUUAUAUAUUGUUGGUCAUCCGUCCAAUACGGUUGGUGAAAAUGGAGUGCCUAGUUCUCCAGAACAUCAAUCUUUAUAUCACGCUAUUCAAUUAACACAAGGACAGGUUCAUGAAGUUUUAAUACAUAAUGUUGAUCCUAGAAGUGUAUUAACAUGGGAUUUUGAUGUGUUGGGACAAGCAAUAAAUUUCUCAGUAUAUCGAACAAAUCAAAAUAUUGAAGAAGUUGGCGGUAAAAGUUCUGUGCUGGAUAAUAAAAAUUGGAAAGAAGGGCAGCAGUAUCAUUCAGUUGAAAAAACUUUAAUUUGUAAAGAUGGUGAGAGUGUGCAGGGGUCACAUAUAAUGACACACUGUGGUACAUAUAUAAUGCAGUGGCGUAGGGAACAAGGAGCAAAACAAAGUUCUGGAUUGUCAAGAGUGAUGUAUUAUCAUGAGACUUUGAGUUCGUCAGAUUACAGAGGAUCAAUGACUAGUCUUCAAUCAGGACUGUCUGCAUUGAGCGUUUCUAGUUCUUGUUUGUCUCGGUGAUCUUUAUAAAUGUGCAUUUUCAUAAAAUGCACAAAUCAUUUAAGACUAAAUGAAUAUAAUUACGGAUACA